AAACUGUAAUCUACACUUCAGCUCUACACCGAAGCGAAGCGAGGGCGGGCCGCUAGUAUUUCAUAAAGUGAUUGCUCUAUUAUUUUGAUUAUUUAAACAAUAUGUUUGUUAUUGCAGAUGAGAUGUGGUCGUCGGUGGAGUGCGGCGCGAAGAGCGGCGCGGCGCCCUGCAGCCGGGGCAAGCACUCGGCCACGCUGCUGGGCGGCUACGUGUAUGUACUGGGCGGGCGGGGGGCGGGCGGCGCCGUGCCUCUGCGGGACUUCUGGCGGUACUGCCUCGCUACGGGCGUGUGGGAGCGGCUGGAGUGUCGCGGGGAGCCGCCGCCCGCGCUGCAGGAGCACAGCGCCACCGCGCACGAGCAGCGCCUCUACGUGUUCGGGGGCGAGCCCGGCGCCAGCUCCAACGAGACGCCGCUCUGGAUCUACGACACGCAAACUCGUAUAUGGCGCAAGCUGCCGGGGCAGAGCAAGGCAGGCAACUAUUCGGCGACGCUGCGGCGGCGCUCGACCAAGGAGCAGCGUGUCUCCAACACCCCGAAAGGCCGGCGUGGACAUUCUGCUCACGCGCUCAAGGACUGCCUUCUGAUCUACGGCGGCUAUAAGGAUCUCAGGGGGUCUACCAACGAACUAUGGGCGUUCCACUAUGAGACGGAGUCGUGGCACCAGGUGCGGACCGCCAACGCGGGCCCCGCGCGGCACCGGCACGCCGCCGCGCUCCACGACAACCGCCUCUACGUGCACGGCGGGCAGUGCGACCUGCGGGACUGCGCCGACCUCUGGCACUACGACACCACGACGGAGACGUGGGAGCGCAUCCCGCCGAGUAUGGUGUGGCCCUCCGCGCGCGUGGACGCCGCCGCGCUGCUCGUGCCCGCCGCGCCCGCCGGCGCCUCCGCCCUCCCCGCCUGGCCCGCCGCGGGGGCCGACGGGGCUGAUGCCAGGAGCGACACCACGGGCGGCGGGUGCGGCGGCGGGGCGGGGGUGGGCCUGGUGCGUGAGAUCUCCCGGCUGUCGGGUCUGCACCGGCGCGGGGUGUGCGGCGUGCGCGGGGUGUGCGGCGCGCGCGGACACUACUCGGCGCUGUCGGGCGCGCGCGACUCCACGGAGAGCCUGCUGCCCGCGCGACACGACGCCGCCAUCGCCAAGUCGCGCUCCGCCUACGCCAUCGACAUGGGACAGAUGGAGUUGCCCCGGGAUGGGGUAUCAGUGCCGGACUUCCAACUGCAGCAGGCGACGCUGCCGACGCCCGCACUGACGCCCGGCGAGGCUGCGCGCCUCGUGUGGCUGCACGACCAGCACCGCGACCACGCCACCAUCCUCGCGCUGCCCGACUCCACCGUUAGAUACAGUACAACAGCGCGGUCGGAAACCGAGCCGGAGACGGAGGGCGAGCUGUCCACCUCCGACUACGCGAGUGCCGAGCGAGUGAACCGCCUGUCCGGCGCCUCGCUGGGGUUCAGCAACCCACACUACGGCGGGCCCGAUGUGCGCGCCCUUGCGGCACUCACGCCUGACUCCGGCCUAGCACAUGAUAUGAUAGAGAUGAAGGAGUUGAAGAAGCCAUGUAAUGAAGCCGCUCCGUCGCCGCGCCUUCACGUGCUGCUGGUGGGAGGGCGCGAGCCGGCGCACCCCGCGCGGCUGCACACGCCGCUCUCCAUGUGGGCCUACCGACUGCUGUGAGCUCCGACCCGACCCGACGCACCCCGCGCGGCUGCACACGCCGCUCUCCAUGUGGGCCUACCGACUGCUGUGAGCUCCGACCCGACCCGACGCACCCCGCGCGGCUGCACACG